AGCAGGAGGAUGAGAUCCUGGCAGAGCUGCUGCAGACACACGCUGGAUGGGGAGGGGGGCUGUUUCUUUCGCCUCAUCCUGCCCAUGUCCCCUGCUCCCUUCUCCCCUCACCCUUCAUCCCGCUCCCCUCUCUGCCCAUCCCGCCCCCUCUCCCCGCGCCAGAGCAGGAGGAUGAGAUCCUGACAGAGCUGCUGCAGACAUACGCGGGAUGGGGAGGGGCGGAGGGGGAGAACGGGGCAGAGGAAGGCGGGGUGGAGGAGGGGGAGAGUGAUUCAGCUGGAGGGGGCUUAGAGGCUUUCGGAAACGGCAGCAGAGGCUUAGAGGGCAGCAGCAGCAACGGUGGUGAUGAUGGCGGUGGUGGUGGUGGUGGUGGAGCAGGAAAAGGAGCAGUGGAUUUCAGCAUGGGGCUAUCGAAGGUGCAGUUCAUGUGGCUGGUGGCGGAUAUUCUCUUCACCGUGGCACAGGGGCUCGAGGACGACCCACUGUACCUGCCUGCCAACAUGACCAUUCUCAACCGCCCCUUCCUGCUCAAGAUUCUCUCGGACGAGGCCUUCUUCCACCGCCUCACGGACCGCAUGUUCCUCACGUGGGACGAAACCGAUCGCGGCAUGCUCUCGCGCUCCGAGGUUGUAGCCGGCUUCUACUCCCUGGGGGUCGCCUACGGGCUCCCCGCAGUCACCUCGCGGGAGGAAGCCGAUAGCAUCUACCUCUCGCUCUUCCUCACAGCCGACUGCGACACAAGUGGGUUUGUGGACCGGGAGGAGUUUCAGUCGCUCAUGCAUUCUAUCUUUCUGGGGGCAGCACUGCAGCUGCAGGCCACACGGUUACCGCCACAGCCGCUGCCGUCGCCGUUAGCUCCGGUGGGAGCUGGUCCUUCUGGGACCUCCUCCUCGUUCUCUUCCUUGUCUUUUUUCCGCCCGUUCUCCUUGUCCCUCCCCUCCAUCCCAUUCUCCGCUGCCCUUCCCUGGGGGGACUGUGCUGACAGCAGCACCACAGCUUUUCACAGCAGGGGCAGCAGCAGCAGCAGCAGGGGAACUGGUGCUGAUCCUGCUGCUGCUGCUACAGUGGCGGAUCUGCCGACCCUCACCGGCUUCAAGCUCUUUGACGGGCGGCGCGUGCGCAAGAUGGUGCGGGCGGACGGCGGGGCUUGUCUUGACGUGUGGCUGAACAGUGCCUUUGAGGAACUCGUUACAAGCACAUCGGAUAGUGGAGAUGGAGCAGGAAGGGGGGAAUGGAAGCACGUGAGAGUGUCGGGGUCGAGGAGUGGAGAGGCGGAGGGGAUUGAUGUGGAGGGGCUCUCACUCGACAGCCCUGGUGGGGGCAGAACCGACGGGCAGAUUAGUGAGGGUGGAAAAGGAGAGAAAGGGGAGAGUGGGGCAGGAGUGAGAGGAGAGCGAGAGAGAGAGGAAGGGUUCUCUGAGGGGCGUCGCAAUGGGGGUGGAAAGAAGGUCUCAUGGGGCGAUGCUCUAGGAAAUGGUCUGGAAGCGUCUGAUGCAGAUAAGGACGAUGUUAGCCGCCCGACAGACAGGCCCGUGGUGACGUGGGCGGCGUUGGAGCGGAAGCUAGUGCAGCAGCUGCAGACGCUGGGGAUGCCGGGGGAGGGCGUAUCUGAGGACUGGGAGCGGAUGGUGCAUGAUAUGGUUGCUAGAGAGAGAAUGAAGAGCGGUGAGGAGGAGACGGGAGGGAGAGGCGGGGAGGCGGAAGGCGAGGAGAAGGGCGGGGGUGACGGGGAGGAGGAGGAGGAGGGGGGUGAGGAGGAGGAGGAGAGGAGGAGAGAGGCGGUAUGGCUGGAUAGGGAAGAGUUUGUUGCGGUGAUGGCAAGACUUUUGAAGCAAGUCGGGCAGACGCUGCAAGACACGCCUCUUCUGCUGCGCUCACUCGAUGGGACUCUCAUAAGGGCGUUCCUGCAGCACCCUUCCCGCCUCUCCGCUGCCAUCCGCAGCACCUUCCAGGCACUAGACAACAAGGGAUGGGGCGGCAUGCCUGCCGCCCGCCUCGUUCCUGCGCUGCGUGUGAUUGGCUUGUCUGCAGGACUGCCGUGCCGAGGAGGUGAGUGGAGUGUAGAUUGA